UAGAGCCCGAGUACCUUUCUCAACCUUCACUCUAUCCAGUGUAGGGGCACCUUCAACCCGUUCCGCGGCGCACCGGCAGCGGACUCAGCAAUACCACUGCAUUAUAUUUAUAUAUAGGAACACUUUUACAAAUACAGGCAUUAUGUCUCUUCUGACUAUUAGUAGGUUGUCUCAUAGACUUCUUUGUUCAAAGAAUGCAGCAGGAGUUGUUGUGAGUGCCAGAAAUGUUGCUGCAUCCACGAAUUUAAAAGAUGUCCUGGCAGAUCUCAUUCCCAAAGAACAGACUAGAAUCAAGAACUUCAAGCAGCAGUAUGGCAAAACCAACAUUGGCCAAAUCACUGUGGAUAUGGUUUAUGGAGGGAUGAGGGGUAUGAAGGGCUUAGUAUAUGAGACCUCUGUGCUUGACCCUGAUGAGGGAAUUCGUUUUCGUGGCUACAGCAUUCCAGAAUGUCAGCAGCUAUUGCCAAAGGCUGCCGGAGGUGAGGAACCACUGCCUGAGGGACUCUUCUGGCUGCUGGUCACAGGCCAGGUGCCCACUGAGGAACAGGUGAACUGGUUGUCGAAAGAGUGGGCUAAGAGGGCAGCCCUGCCUUCUCAUGUGGUCACAAUGUUGGAUAACUUCCCAACCAACCUGCACCCUAUGUCUCAGUUUAGUGCUGCUAUCACUGCUCUAAAUAGUGAAAGCAGCUUUGCCCGAGCCUACUCCGAGGGAGUCCAUAAGAGCAAGUACUGGGAGUUUGUGUAUGAGGACUCCAUGGACUUGAUUUCCAAGCUUCCCUGUGUGGCGGCUAAGAUCUACCGCAACCUGUACCGUGAGGGCAGCAGCAUUGGAGCCAUCGAUUCCAACCUGGAUUGGUCUCACAAUUUCACCAACAUGUUGGGCUACAAUGAUCCCCAGUUCACUGAGCUCAUGAGACUCUAUCUCACCAUCCAUAGUGACCAUGAAGGUGGUAAUGUCAGUGCCCACACAAGUCACCUGGUGGGCAGUGCCCUCUCUGACCCUUAUCUUUCCUUUGGUGCAGCCAUGAAUGGCUUGGCCGGACCCCUGCAUGGACUCGCUAACCAGGAGGUGCUUGUGUGGCUGACAGCCCUCCAGAAGGAGCUUGGUGGUGAAGUGUCCGAUGAAAAGAUGAGAGAUUACAUCUGGAAUACAUUAAAAUCUGGCAGGGUGGUGCCUGGCUAUGGGCAUGCUGUCCUGAGAAAGACAGACCCACGCUACACAUGUCAGCGAGAGUUUGCCCUGAAACACCUCCCCAAUGACCCCAUGUUCAAGUUGGUGGCUCAGCUCUACAAGAUUGUGCCCAACGUGCUGCUGGAGCAGGGUAAGGCCAAGAACCCAUGGCCCAAUGUUGAUGCCCACAGUGGAGUACUACUGCAGUAUUACGGCAUGACUGAGAUGAACUACUACACCGUGCUGUUUGGAGUGUCUCGGGCCCUAGGUGUGCUGGCUCAGCUGAUUUGGAGCAGAGCGCUGGGCUUCCCUCUGGAGCGUCCCAAGUCCAUGAGCACGGAUGGCCUCAUGGCCCUAAUAAGGGCCACGUCAGCCUAGAGAGAACAGGCCGAGAGGAGAUGGGUGCAGAAGGUUUAGUUGUGAAGUAAGCCUUUAGACUGAAGAGUUUAAAGAGAAAUGCCACCUAAAUUAAAAAGGGCCAUUAUUACUCAAUGCUGUUAUUGUUAAAACUUGAGACAUUUUCAAAAUUAUGUCAAAGUACUUUGUGAUUGAUUUUCCUCUUCUUACAUAUCCUACAUCAAUUCUGAUUGAUUACUUAUUUUUGCCCCAGUAGGUUAUGGUACAUAAAAUAAGGAAAGGUGCUGAUUAACAGUAAUUAGUUAAUUACAGUUUAGUGAGUCACUUGAUUUGUGUGUACAUAUAACAUUUAUUGGAAUAAACAGACAGUUUCCCCAAUAAAGAGACAGUUUUUUUCCCCACA